AUGUGUAACGCCAAGCGACUUGUUGUUAUUGUGAUUGUAAACCUACUCGCGCUCAGCAGUCGUGAACGCGCUCUUAUCGCGGCACUCACCGGUCGUUGUAGUGAGUGCUUUUCAAAUGGAGUCGCUUGUUUGGAUGAACAAACCUUUGCUGUUUGCAUUGAUAAUAUACCAACCGCUGUGAGUACACCAUGUCCAGCGGCAGCUGUUUGCACAGCCGAGCAAGCAAUUUGUUUGACAACCGCUCAAGGUGCUUUGCCCGUUUGCUAUGAGGAUCAAUGUGGAACUUGCACAUCCGUUCAGAGGAAUUUCGCCUGCCUGGAUGUGGACACUUAUGCCCUGUGCUUCGAUGGGCAGACACCAGCGCCAAGUUCGAUUGACUCCUGUCCGCAGGGUUAUGUGUGCGAUUUGACAAGCUACGAUGUUUGUUCAUCUUCGCAAACAACAAUUGAUUUCUGUACGGACAAAGCAGUUCAAGGCUCAUUUGCGGAUCCCUCCAAUACGGAUUGCACUGGGUAA